UAAUGAGACGAAAUGUGGCAUUAGUAUUAGUAUAGUAAUUGAUUGUGGACAGUGAAAAUAUUUACGUUUUUCGUGUAGAAAUUCUGGUUUUGAACAGAAAAACUCAUUAGAUUCUUGAGCUGACAGGCGACUGGGAGCGUAUUGCUUUGCUAUUGAAUAUGGCUGACCGAAGAGAAAAGUUAAACAACAGUCUCCAGUGUCAUGUUUGUUUUGAGGACUACAAAGUUAAUCAUCGAAUUUGGCAAUGUCAAUCCGGGCACUCAAUCUGCACAGUUUGCCGAAAUCUCUUGUGCGAGUGCCCGUUUUGUAAGGCACCAUAUCAAGGAACCAGAAAUUACGCGAUUGAAGACAUUGUUAGAGAUUUGAAUGACCAAAGGGAUCAGGAUAGCGAUGAUUAUACGUUAUGGAGUAAAUCGAUUGAUUCCCAACAUAAUUGCAGUACGUUUGCACAGUUGAUAGUCGACCCAGAUGAAUUCGAAGAUAUGGUGGUGGUAGAUGUUCCAACAGUAAGACGACCACGACGAAAUUUCCAUAAUUCUUGGAUGAACUGCUCUUCCCAUAACAUUCCAUCGAAUAUGAUCAUGGGUGGACGAGAUCAUGGCAAUAUACCAUUAUAUAUUGGACGUGCGAUGCACGGAUGCGCUGUACUUCCGGGAAAAGUUAAUCCUCAUCACAAAAAGUGUUACGUUGCAUGGGGCAGCAAGGAACACGAAAAGACUUAUUUUGAGAUUUUGACGAACAUUUCUGGAACGUGGCUUCCCAAUUCUGGUGGAACAAUACCGGAAGAGGCUUUCCCGGCAGGACAUACCGAAAACGGAGAAACACUUUACAUUGGUCGUGCUCACGUUGGAGGAACGCUGGCAAUUGGAAAAGUUCAUCCGUCGCACGGUUGCUGUUAUUUAUCGUAUGGCGGUAAAGCAUACAGUAAACGAAGCUACGAAAUUUUCGUAUUGUACCCUUAAAAGGGGCAUGGCUCUUUGUGAAGUAUUCAGCUUAUACAGGAGAGGAGAUGUCAAGAACAUUGAUAACUCAGCAAGUUGUUUUUGGUUAAAUAUAAGGCUAAAUGAUAUUUCUAAAUUGGGGUUCGUUUUGGUGCUAAUGA